AUGGAAGCAAUGGAAGCCCAACGCGCCAGAGAUCAAGGGAGAGCACUAGAGGCGAAAGAACAUACUCUCCAAAAAAGCCUUGAUUCAAACGAAAGGAAGACUGAAAGUAUAGAGAAUGUACUUUUCACGGCAGACGAUGGAAUCGUGGCCAAUGAAGAGCGAGAAUCACAAGACUCUAAAGGGAAGAGUAGAGCAGAUGACAACUCAAGUCUACCAGCUGCGUGGGAUGAAUACGAUCGUGAGGACGUUAACCUCGACUCCCUGGAUCUCGGCAUGGCACAUCAGGUGGACCGGGACUUCACCCUUACCCGGGAAUUAGGAUCGAGGAAUCCACGUUGGAAUAAUAAGAAGGCAGCCCCAUUGACAGACCCCAACGAACGACCCAAAGGCUGGACUACUGAUGAGCCCGAUUUGGAUCCUCGAGCUCUCCAAGAACGCUACCCAGACGUUUCAAAAGACGUUAGAGUUCGACUCAACGACCUCGAAAGCAUUGCAAAUGAUAUUGAGAAUCUAAAAGAUGAAGUUUUGGUGUUAGAUAGUGCCAACUUGGAUGGGACCCGAGGCUGGUUACCUAUUGGUCUCAAGGAAAGCAACUUUGUGAGCCGAGACGCUUAA